GUAGAAUCGACGUAGUGUCAAAACCAUAUGAUACAUUUUAUAACCUCAAUUCAUUCUCUGCUUCUUUUUUGGGCUAUUUUCUUGACAGUGACCUCUUUCCCAAACCUCAAUUUUUACCAAAAUCAACAAGUUUGAAAAUGAAUUUAGAAAAUAAAAUAAUUAAUUAUAAAAAUACAUGCAGGAUUUGCCUUAAGACUUCAGAAAAUAUGAAAAAUUUAUUUACACUAAUAAUCCAUAAAGACAAUACAUCAGCUGUAGAAUUCAUAAGAAAAAUGACUGAUUUAAAAUUGUUAUACUCCGAUACCCUGCCGUCAAACAUUUGUAGUGAAUGCACUCAAGCCGUUUUCACAGCCUUUGAUUUCGUGGAGAUAUGUCUAGCUUCGGAUGCAAGGCUGAGAACCCAGGAAACAAGAAGGAUGUUGCGAGAAAUAGAGGCUGAAGCUCUGGAACUGGAAGAUGAAGACCCACUAAAAUGUGAUACACCCUCAGAACUAGAACAUUGUUCAAAGCAAGAUGAAUUGGUCAAAACUGGCAAAUCGGAAGAACGGAGUCAGAUCAUUCAAGAGAAAGUAAAUCCUUUACCAAAGGAAUUACAAUUUACAACAGCUAGAAUUAAAGAUAAAUACAAAUGUGAUGUAUGCAAGAAGAAAUUCAAUAAUAAAAUAUUAUUUAAUAAACAUAAACGGAUUCACGAAGAUAAUGCUUUUAAGUGUAUGACUUGCUCACUCAGUUUUAGCAGGAAACUGAAUUUAAAGGCGCAUUUGACAACACAUUUAGAAAACAAAGAUAAAAAGUUUGAAUGCAAAGAGUGUAACAAGUUCUUUGUCUUUGAGUAUCUACUGAAGAAACAUGAGUUGAGACAUAGCAAUGUUAAGCCAUUUCCCUGCACCAGCUGUGAUAAAGGAUGCUUGACAGCCGAAAGUCUAAAGAGGCAUAUGCGAACACACGACAAAAAUUAUACAAAAUGCUACACAUGCUACGUAUGUAACAAAUCAUUUGCGUAUCCCAGUUUUUUAGCAGAACACAUGAAAAAUCACACUGGAGAGAAACCACACAUAUGUAACGUGUGUGGUAAAGGUUUUAGACAAAGUGGGGCUCUUCACUUUCACGAGAAGAUCCACACGGGAGAUAAGCCUUUUCCUUGUCGUGUGUGUAAAGAAAAUUUUAUGUCAAGAAGCAUUUUAAAAGUUCACAUGAGAAAACACACAAAUGAACGCCCAUACGUGUGUGACGUUUGCGGGAUCUCUUUUAGGCAAUCUUCAGACCUUAAAAUCCACAAAAAAAUACACACAGGAGAGAAGUUUGUUUUGUGUACUGUGUGUGGUAAGAAACUCUCAACGACAGGUCAACUUACAAUCCACCUCCGCAGCCACACAGGAGAAAAACCGUUCACCUGUUCAACCUGCAACAAAUCCUUUGCUUCCAAAACUAUGCUAGCCACUCACGAGAGAAUACAUACAGGCGAGAAGCCAUAUACUUGCAAAAUUUGCGAUAAAAGCUUCUCUCAGAGUUGCACGCUACUUGUCCACUCCAAGAUUCACGAUAAACAAACUACGAAAGGAAGAAAUAAUGCUAAAAAGGAAGCAGGAAAGGAGAACAAGAUUGCUGACACCGGGAAAGGAAAUGUGAUGAAAAAAAUUGCUGAUUUGAAGAAGAACACCUUGCCUUUGGAAAAAUCACAAGGUGGGGAGUUUGUUGUGGAUGAUAUCAUUGAGAUAGAUGAUGAUAAGGUGAACGAGAAUUUACAAUCCACCUCCGCAGCCACACAAGAGAAAAACCGUUCAUCUGUUCGACCUGCCUCAAAUCGUUCGCUUCCAGUACUAUGCUAGCCACUCACGAAAGAAUCCAUACAGGAAAAAGACCGUAUUCCUACAACAUUUGCAAUAAGAGCUUUUCUCAAAGCUGCACCCUACUUAUCCACUCCAAAAUUCACGAUAAACAAAACCACGAAAGGAAGAAGUAACGCUAAGAAGGAAGCAGGAAAGGAGAAGAAGAUUGCUAGUACCGGGAAAGGCAGUUUGAUGAACAAAAUUGCUGAUUUGAAGAAGGCUUUGGAUUUGGAACAGUCACCGGGUGAGGAGUUUGUUGUGGAUGAUAUCGUUGAUGUAACUAAUGAUGAAGUGGACGAGGGUAUCGCUAGAGCACAAUUUUCAGUUAUAGUUCCAGUUACUGAGUCAGGUUCAACACCUCUUGAGAUUGAUCUACAAUCUGAGAGUAAGUAGUUAAAUUUCUUUUUUAAUGUUUAUAUUCAAAUAAAGUUAUAUCGUUUCUAAAA